AUGUUCCUUAGCCCCUUCUCACCCACAGAGCAGCUGUGGGAUGUGUUUGCCGUCCGCAGGCCCCGGGGCCAGCUGCUCUUGGGUCGGGGGCACAGGAUCCCCACGUGCAUCUGGCACAGGGUGGCCAUACAUUGCUCCGUGAAGUUUACCAAAAGGAGGCCCAGGUCCGGCUUCUGUGCACCACUCACGUGCCUGCGUUCUCUCUUGCAGGCUAUCGGCUGUACUCUGAACUGUGGCUGUCAGAGUUUCAAACCCGGGAAGAUCAACCAUCGCCAGUGUGAGCAGUGCAGACACGGAUGGGUGGCACAUGCUCUGAGCAAGCUGAGGGUUCCCCCCGUGUAUCCCACAAGCCAGGUGGAGAUUGUCCAGUCCAAUGUGGUGUUCGAUAUUAGCAGCCUCAUGCUCUAUGGGACCCAGGCCAUCCCUGUUCGCCUGAAAAUCCUAUUGGACCGGCUCUUCAGUGUGUUGAAGCAAGAGGAGGUGCUCCAGAUCUUGCACGCCUUGGACUGGACCCUUCAGGAUUAUAUCCGGGGAUAUGUGCUGCAGGAUGCAUCCGGAAAGGUGCUGGAUCACUGGAGUAUCAUGACCGGGGAGGAGGAGUUGGCCACCCUGCAGCAGUUCCUUCGCUUUGGGGAGACCAAGUCCAUCGUGGAGCUCAUGGCAAUCCAAGAGAAAGAGGAGCAGGCCAUCAUCAUCCCGCCGGCCACGGCCAACGUGGACAUCAGGGCGUUCAUUGAGAGCUGCGGCCACAGGAGCGCCAGCCUCCCCGCCCCUGCGGACAAGGGGACCCCCAGCAGCCUGCACCCCUUCGAGAACCUCAUAAACAACAUGACCUUCAUGCUGCCCUUCCAGUUCUUCAACCCCGUGCCCCCCACGCUGAUAGGGUCGCUGCCCGAACAGUACGUGCUGGAGCCGGCUCAGGACCAGGGUCAGGAGCCCAAACAGGAAAUCCACGGACCCUUCCCCGGCGGGGGCGGGGGCGGCGGCGGCGGCUUCCUAACCUCCCGUUCCGCGUCAUUUCAGGUCGAAAAAGAGCCGUGUCUAAACUGCCCGGACGCAGUUCCCAAAAAGGAAGACAGCGCCCAUUUAAGUGACUCCGGCUCCUACAACAUUGUCACUAAGCUUGAAAGGACACAGUUGUCCCCCGAGGCCAAGGUGAAGCCCGAGAGGCACAGCCUGGGUGCGAAGAAGGGCCGCGUGUUCUGCACGGCGUGUGAGAAGACCUUCUACGACAAAGGCACGCUGAAGAUCCACUACAACGCCGUCCACCUGAAGAUCAAGCACAAGUGCACCAUCGAAGGCUGCAACAUGGUCUUCAGCUCGCUGAGGAGCCGGAACCGUCACAGCGCCAACCCCAACCCGCGGCUGCACAUGCCCAUGAACAGAAACAACAGGGACAGGGACCUCCGGAACAGCCUGCAGCUGGCCGCCUCGGAGAGCUACGAGCGCGCGGGCUUCCUGGCUGCGUCCCCAGACUGCGGGCCUCUGGCCGGCUACGCGGCGUCGGGGGAGGACCCCGGGGGCCAGGCGGCCUUCCCGAGCAUCGGGCAAAACGGCGUGCUUUUCCCCAACCUAAAGACGGUCCAGCCGGUCCUGCCUUUCUACCGCAGCCCGGCCACCCCGGCCGAGCUGGCCAACACCCCCGGCGUGCUGCCUUCUCUCCCUCUCUUGUCAUCUUCCAUCCCGGAGCAGCUGGUUUCAAACGAGGCCCUGUUUGAUGCCCUUCCCAAAAAGAAAUCCCGCAAGUCCAGUAUGCCCAUCAAAAUAGAGAAGGAGGCCGUGGGACUAGCUCACGACAAGCGGCUCGCGCUCAGCUCGGAUGAAGACAUGCCCCCACGGGUGGCCAGCGAGGAUGAGCCAGAGGCCUGCAGUCCUCGGUUGUCGGGCAGAGCGCCUGAGGAGUGGCACGCACAGUCCAGAGGCCCAGAGGGUCCCCUCCCGGAAGGAGAGAGGGUCUGCCGUCUAGAACCAGGGAUCGAGUUGAGCAGAGCCAUCAGCAGGACCCCCGAGCGGGCCACACAGCACUCGGAGAGGGAGGCUGAGCCGAAGCCAGCCCUCACCAUGGCGCCGAGGGAGCUGGAGGAUGGCGGCCGUGAGCUUCACCUCACGCCUGGGACAGAGCCCUGUGUCCCCUUUCCUGACUACAUCAAACUGCAGCAGCGGCUGCUGGCCGGCGGGCUCUUCAGCGCUCUGUCCAGCAGAGGAAUGGGUUUUCCCUGCUUCGAAGAUGCCAAGGAGCUGGAACCCGUGGGUCAGCAUGCGUUAGGAAGGCAGAAGGAAGAGACGCGCUUCCAGUGUGACAUCUGCAAGAAGACCUUCAAAAACGCUUGCGGUGUGAAAAUGCACCACAAGAACAUGCACACCAAAGAAACGCACGUGUGCACGGUGGAGGGCUGCAAAGCCACAUUCCCCUCGCGCAGGAGCAGAGACAGACACAGUUCAAACUUAAACCUCCACCAAAAAGUGGUGGCCCAGGAAGCACUGGAGAGCCCUGAAGACCAUUUCCGUGCGGCUUACCUUCUGAAAGACGUGGCAAAGGAGACCUACCAGGACGUGGCUUUCACGCAGCAAGCCUCCCAGACGUCUGUCAUCUUCAAGGGAGCGAGUCGGAUGGGCAGCCUGGUUUACCCGAUAACCCAAGUCCACAGUGCUGGCCUGGAGAGCUACAGCUCCGGUCCGCCAAGCGAGGGCACCAUCUUGGAUUUGAGUACUACCUCGAGCAUGAAGUCGGAGAGCAGCAGCCAUUCCUCUUGGGACUCAGACGGGGCCAGCGAGGAGGGCACCGUGCUCAUGGACGACAGUGAUGGGAACUGCGACGGGUCGAGCCUUGUCCCUGGGGAAGACGAGUACCCACUCUGCGUCCUGAUGGAGAAGGCCGACCAGAGCCUCGCCAGCCUGCCUUCUGGGUUGCCCAUCACAUGUCACCUGUGCCGAAAGACAUAUAGUAACAAAGGGACCUUCAGGGCUCACUACAAAACCGUGCACCUUCGCCAGCUCCACAAAUGCAAGGUUCCGGGCUGCGACACCAUGUUCUCGUCCGUCCGCAGCCGCAACAGACACAGCCAGAAUCCCAACCUGCAUAAAAGCCUGGCCUCCCCCCCAGGUCAUCUACAGUAACAAGAUGGUGGGGCGCGUCUGGGAGAAGUGUUUACCCUGAUUCAGGAGUAAGGUAGUCCAAAGAAAGUUGUCCAAUUUCGUUUAAUACCAUUCGAGGGAAGCUAGGCAAAAGGUCUUUGAGUUGACUUUCUCUUCUUGUGCGGUGGGAUGAGCAAAAGACAAGCCUUGUAGGAAGUCAGCUUUAGGGGGCAGCCCUUCCUAUUAUUUUUCUUAGCCCAGGGGUUUUUCCAACCCCUGUUAACAAACACUGGCAGAAACACAGUUUUUCCCACAUUUGUUUACACAUUCCCCGGGAGAGCUCCAGGUCUGCACGCUGACCAGGGGGCCCAGGACCUUGGGGCAGCUUGAAGGGAAGGGUCAGCUGAGUGUCCCGGGGAAGCAGACAGCCCCCACGGGCGAGCAGCCAGUCCCCAAGAUCACAUUUUUUCAGUUCCUGCUUUUAAUGAGUCUGAAAGCCAGAGUUGGGCUUGGGAAGAUGACUUUUUGAGACUAUGCCUCCAUUUGGAGUGGAGAGUUGCUUUUGUGUUUUCCCCUUCAGAGGUCUCGUGGACCUCCAAGGAGUCCCCAGAGGAAGCAGGUGGGUUUCCCACACAUAGAAACAGGGAUGUUGCAAGGAUGUCCGUGUUCGCGGUGUAACAUGCGUUCAGGAAGCUGGGGGGAGGAGGGGAGAGAUUUCAUGCACUUAAACGUAGUGGUCUUCAAUUUAAUUUAAAAUAAUUUCGGUAAUAUUUAAUUUGUGUUUGUUACAUGAGUCAUUGGCGUGAGUGCAGACGUGUCACAGUGUGACCUCUGGGUCUCUGCUCGAGGGCAGAGCGAGGGCCGGCCUGAACUUGAGAGCGGCUGCCCGUUUCCAUUCGGUGAACCUCGGAGUCUGGCUAUUUCAGUCCCCUGUGGAAGGAGUGCAGGAGUCUCUGUAAAUACUCGGCCAGAGCGCUUAGAGAAUGCGGUUCUGACCGUCGUCGUGCAUUUUCCCAGCGUGUGUAUCAGCCCUCAGCCUUUCAUAAAUGUGUAAGCUUAGGAGGAACUUCCCAAUGUAUACAGUAGAAGAGAAGUAGGAGGGGACUGCCGUGCUGUGUAUCUUCAUAUUUAACUUAUUCUGAAAUAUAUUCCACACCAUUGCACAUACUUGCUGUUGUAAAAACGGAAGUUUCAUCGGUCCUGUGAAAAGAGACCAUCUCUUGAAAUGCAGCAUUUACGGGACUCGGAAAGCCUGUGGCAGGGAGAGAGAGAUCGACUUCACGUUAAGACUUCAGGUGAACCGUCUUUUAAACUUACAGUGGAUUUAAGUAACGAAAAAUAUCCUCAAAGAGAAUUGGGGGCCCAAGGGUGAAAAAAGCCGACAAAACCUGUUACGGAUUGUUUCAACGUUUUUUAAAAAUAAAUGUGACGACACUUGGUCUCUGCUUAAAGUAAGAUGUAUCUUUCCACCGUUUUGUUACCCAGCUGUUUAUUAUUAUGGUUUCCCCAAAGUGGAACAAUUUGUAUACAAAUGAGUUUUCUAUGAUUUAAUAAAAAUGUACACCACACGUUUUUGUUUAAAAAGGCAAACAUUUGUAAGACCGGUUUUGUCAGACGGACGGCAGGUUGCACGUACACUGUGGUCAUCCGCACACGAACGCACGCGCUGACGCACA